AUGACCGAAAUUCCAGUCAAAAAGGAUGCAGCGUACUGGGCGGCCCGUAAGAAACGGUUUUUCCAACACACUGGUGCAGCUGUUCAAAAGCAGAAAAUCAAAGAAGAGACAUACGAGCGGUUCAAAUAUCUGCUAAAACUGACAGAUCUUUUCCGUCAUUUCAUGAGCGUUAGAGCCAAACAAGAUAAAAACAUCCAGAAACUACUGAAAAGCAUCGAAUCGGACGGCGGAAGUCAUGAGAAAAGUGCUAAUGGAAGGUCCCAGGACUCAAGGCAUCAUAGAAAAACCGAAAAGGAAGAAGAUGCAGAGUUGAUGGAAGACGAAGAAAACGAAGACCUUGAGUCCACGGGACUCCUCACGGAGUCUCCCAGCUACAUUGAAUCCGGUACACUUCGAGACUAUCAAGUCCAAGGUGUCAAUUGGCUGCUGUCUCUUUAUGAAAAUAAACUUUCAGGAAUCCUGGCAGACGAAAUGGGGCUAGGUAAAACUUUACAAACAAUUGCGUUUCUGGGUUACCUCCGCUACGUGAAAGAUAUCGAUGGGCCAUCUAUUAUCAUCGUUCCAAAAUCAACGGUAAAUAAUUGGCAGCGCGAAUUCGCAAAAUGGACGCCAGGGGUCGAAACCGUGGUGUUAAGUGGUGACAAAGAAGCGCGCCAAGAAACCCUCAACAAUAUUAUACUUGAGGCCAAAUUCGACAUCCUCAUCACGUCCUAUGAGAUGGUCAUCAAGGAAAAGACUACUUUGAAAAAACUGAUGUGGCAAUUUCUAGUGGUUGACGAAGCGCACAGGAUUAAAAACGAACAGAGCACGCUGUCGCAAAUAAUUCGUCUCUUCAAUUCAAGAGGAAGGCUUCUCAUUACGGGCACACCUCUUCAAAAUAAUCUGCAUGAGCUAUGGGCUCUUUUGAACUUUUUGCUGCCUGACAUAUUCGGUGACUCGGACGUUUUUGACCAGUGGUUCGAACAAAAUGACGGAGAGGAGGACCAAGACGUUGUGGUUCAGCAACUCCACACAGUAUUAAGCCCGUUUCUUUUGAGACGACUGAAGUCAGAGGUUGAAACCUCGCUUCUGCCGAAAGUUGAAACAAAUUUGUACGUGGGGAUGACCAAGAUGCAGAUUCAGUGGUAUAAAAGUCUUCUUGAAAAGGACCUGGACGCUGUAAACGGUGCAAUAGGGAAGCGUGAAGGGAGCACAAGGCUGCUCAAUAUCGUUAUGCAGCUGAGAAAAUGCUGUAACCAUCCAUAUCUCUUUGAAGGUGCUGAACCUGGGCCCCCAUAUACUACGGAUGAGCAUUUGGUCUAUAAUGCGGGCAAAAUGAUCGUUUUAGAUAAGCUACUAAAAAAGAAGAAAGAGUCUGGAUCCCGCGUCCUUGUCUUCAGUCAAAUGUCCCGGCUGCUCGACAUUCUCGAAGACUAUUGUUUUUUUAGAGAAUACGAAUAUUGUCGUAUCGAUGGUUCCACGUCGCACGAGGAAAGAAUUGAGGCCAUUGACCAAUUCAACGAACCAAACUCAAAGAAAUUUAUCUUUCUUCUGACAACUAGAGCGGGUGGUUUGGGUAUCAACUUAGUGACCGCGGAUACCGUAGUUCUCUAUGACUCGGACUGGAAUCCUCAAGCAGACUUACAAGCAAUGGACAGAGCGCACAGAAUAGGUCAGAAAAAGCAGGUUCAUGUUUAUCGGUUUGUGACCGAAAAUGCCAUCGAGGAAAAGGUCAUAGAGAGAGCAGCCCAAAAACUCAGAUUAGAUCAGCUGGUGAUCCAACAGGGUGUAGGAAAAAAGACCUCUUCGAUCGGAAAUUCGAAAGGUGAGCUCCUUGACAUGAUCCAGUUUGGCGCUAAGGAUGUAUUUGGGAACGAUUCGCAGAACAUAACUGUGGAAGACGACAUCGACGAGAUAUUAAAAAAAGGUGAACAAAAGACAUUACAACUGAAUGCUAAGUAUGAGAAACUAGGUCUAGAUGAUCUUCAGAAAUUCAACGGACUGGGAGAUCAAUCUGCUUACGAAUGGAAUGGAGAAAACUUUCAAAAACGGCCUGAUGAUAAGACGAAGACAUGGAUCAAUCCAUCAAGGAGAGAAAGACGAAGGGAGCAAUCUUAUUUCACGGAAGAUAAUCCAAAGGAAGAAGAUUCGACCACCAAAAGUAGCGCACAAGCACGAGUAGCCAAACCACCAAAAACUGUUAAUUUUCAGGAUCACCAAUUUUUACCUCCUCUAGCCAAAGAGCUGCAACUGAAGGAACAACUUUGGUUUAAAAAGAGAGUCAAUUACCGUAUUUCUGCGUAUGAUCUCGGAUUAGAUGACACUGAUGGUGGUGAUGAUGAUGAGAACAAACGCGUGCUUGAGGAACAAAGUAAGAUCGAUAAUGCGGUCGAAUAUACUCAGGAAGAUGAAGAAAUGAAACAAAAACUGAUUAGCCAAGCUUUCAUGAACUGGAACCGGAAGGAGUUUUUUGCUUUCAUUAACGGCUCUGCGAGAUUUGGGAGAGAUGACUACGAAUCUAUUGCAGAAGUUUUCGACAAUAAGAGCGUCGAGGAAGUCAAAGCGUACGCAAAAGUGUUUUGGGAAAGGUAUAUGGAGCUCCCAGGGCACGAGAAAUACUUAAAUUCGAUAGAGUCUGGUGAAAAAAAGGCUGAUAGGUUGAAAAAUCAAGAGUCAUUGCUGCGGAAAAAAAUAGAGCAGUAUGAUGAUCCCUUAUAUGACAUGAUUGUACAGUAUCCCCCAAACAACUCGAGGAAAACAUUUGAUCAUUUUGAGGACCGCUUUAUCUUGACGACCAUCCAUAAAAUAGGCCUUUCGGCGGAAAACUUGUACGACAAAGUCAAACAAGAGAUUAUGGGUAGCGAUUUGUUCGAGUUUGAUUGGUUUUUUAAGUCGAGAAACGUUCAAGAGAUUGCAAAGCGGGCCAAUACCUUACUUGCCAUUAUUGCUAGAGAGUUUGAUGGGCCCGAGCCUUUCAAGAAAAAGAAACGGGGCGGACGGGAGAGUACGCCAAUGGGGGACGAUGAAACUAGCCAUUCGCCAAGUGUUCAUGCAGAGAAACGGAUCAAACUCCAAGAUGAAAUUGACUUAACAUGA